AUGAAUGGUAAUGUAUUAGAAAACAGAUCAGAAAAUUCUGCUUCAUCUGAAGCUUUACGGGACGGUAGCAAAAUGCAAUCAAAUGAAGAGACUGGUGUAAAUCAUAAUGUUCAAUUAAGCCAAAACCAUUCAUUACUUAGUAAUGGUAGUAUCGAAAAUUACAUGCUAUCCGUUAGAUCUUUAACAUUCGGGCUUUCGCACAUGAAUGGACUACUUCCAGCUGAUAAUACCCAUCAGUCAUUAGAAAAUGAAAGGGAAGGAGAAGAACAAUUUAAGAAAUUCAUGCAAAAAUUAAAGUACGAGCAAUCAUAUUUGAUAUGUGCAUUCGCUUGUAAGUAUACAACACUUUUACACUACGGAGUAGUGGACCAUCUUUUUAUGGAGGAUCAUGCAAAAUUCUGGGAAAGUUUACCGGAGACAUCUUCUAUACCUGACUGCACUCUUUGGGACCUGUACAGUAAUCUUAAAUCCAAGGAAGGGGAUAUCAGAGACUUCCAAUAUUGGAUGUCACUUUAUAUGACAAUGCUUUGUGUUGGAAUAUAUUUUGGGAUGGAAAAUUUAAAGGAUAAACUUGCAUACACAGAUGCGGAAUUGGAGAAAUUGCCGCAUGUGCUAUUUAGGGAAUCAUUCAAAUGGCUAGAGAAAACAGACUUCUUAGAGAGACCGGAUAUUAGGACUAUUCAAAUAUAUUGUGUCAUGACAUCAUGCCUUCAUGCCCUAGGAAACGUUUUUAUUCAUCACGAGCUUUUGGCCGUUGUGAUUGUUGUAGCCCAAACUCUCGGGCUAGAUAGAAUUGAAGAGCAAGGAAUAACGAGUGGUAAUAACAGGAAGCAGGGUGCUGUGAAUAGCGGCAGUCCAGAUAUAAUUGCAUUUGCGGAAGAGACUACGAACUCAAGCGUUAAUUUUUCUAGUGAGGUAGUAAAAAGACUUUGGUAUAGCUUCUUUAUCAUUGAUUCCAUAAGUAAUGUUCCUCAUGAGUGGAUAGGAAAGUUCAAAACACCAUUUCCCAAAUUGAUAAGUACAGAACAACUCAUAUCAUGCGGAACCAAUCGAAUAGGGGCAAGACAUGAAAAAUAUUACUAUGGGAGCACUAAAAAUGCCGCAGUUAAGUUCCCAACAGCAGGUGACGAUAUUGCAGGACUUCUUUACGAGCGUCUGAUGGUUCAAUUAGGCGAAUUGAAGCAGGAAAGUUACACAGAUCCUGUAACUUUAAAAAGACUGACAGUUGUUUGGUCUCAUAUGUGCACCCUCAAGGACAACCUUGAAAUGUAUUUUGGAUCUGCUCCCUAUUCUCCAAAGGACGACAGAACUUGCCAAUAUGCAAGAUAUCUUUUAUUUUCAUCGUUGGCACGUGAAUGUUUGGGAUUGGGUGCACGUAUUUUAACAUUAGCUGGAAGAGAUUUCUGGCUUGAGAAUUUCAGAGAUAAGUGCCUUCAAUUGGCCCUAGAGGUUGUUGAUCAUAACUCGGCAUCAAACGUUCCUGCAUACUACAAAAGAUACUGGAUCGUUGGUCAACAUCUUAUAUAUGCAUGCUUAUUCGUUCUUUUGGAUAUGCUAAUGUUCAAACAUGAAGAAUGUAAAGAAAACCUGCAACGAAUUCAUAAAGCAAUUCCAACAAUCAGAUUAUUGAGAUCCACCCAUUAUACGGUUAAAAUUGGAUUGGCUGUUAUAGAGAAACUUUAUUAUUUGGUUGGGUCUGUUCGACUUGGAAACAAGGGAAGUGGAUCGGUGGAAGACAUGUCACUUCGAGAAUUUCUAACGGAACUUCAAGUGGCUAAUCCCAGAAAUACGACUUCCAAGAAAGCUACACACACCUCAGGGGAAGAACAACAAGAACACCAAUCAACCUCGAUCAACUCCGGAAUACCAUCUUUAAUGCCAUUACCGGGGUAUUCACAAUAUCUUAGAGGAGGGGUGGCUUCGGAAAGGUCAAGCAAUAAGAAUAUAGAGCUGAGAAUGGACAAUGCAACAAUAUCAACUGGAACUGCCAGUUUUCUAGAUUCUGACCUUGAUAGUGCAUUGGAUGAGACCGGAUGGAAAGAAUUUUUAGAAUUCUUUUUUGGAUCCCACGACGAGGUGAAUCUUCAAAGUAGUAAAAACGGAUAUUACAAUUUAGAACCAAAAAUUGGGACUAACGAGUUCAGUAGGCAAUAA